AUGGGUGUCCGACCAACUUCAAAUGUUUACUCUUCUCCCUCGAGAGAGAUGUACCAAAAGACUGGAGCUUCAUCGACACUCGUUGGGUCUCUUUUGAAGUCUUGGAAACCUAAUUCUUCAAAACAACAUCAACAGCGAUCGGAGUCCCAAGAUGGGAACAUUGAGGCGAUACGAAAGUCUCAAACGGCAUUAAGACGCACCUCGAGUCAUGGUAGUGGUGUAAGCCACAUGCAUUUGAGCCCCUUGCGAAACCUUGACUCCGGUAAUGGUGGAACGAGGGAAAAACACCAUCGCUCAGGGCAUAAGAAGGACAAAUAUUUCACGGAUUUGGACGAGGACUGGAGCGCUGUGAUUGAAGAUCACAAUAUGCCGAUCCCCAUGAUUUCAAAUGGUGGUUCUGAACUGAAACCACCCGUUUUAGUUACAGCCAGAAAGGACUCUUCGGAAUCUCAAAGUUCUUCCACGAUGUAUCCCCCAUUGCCUCAACUCAAUAAAAGCGUCAGUUCUGAUCUCAAAUCUCAAUACGAACAGGAGAAUGUGCGUGAUGUGCAGGAACUGAAUUCGUUUAUCCAGCGAAUAUCCAAAUUCGAAGCAAUUGUGAACCCGAAGAAUUCUUCACAGAUUGAUUUACACGAACUGCGUAAACUAAGCUGGAAUGGUGUUCCUAUGAUUCAUCGUCCGCAUGUGUGGAAACUUUUAAUCGGUUAUUUGCCUGCGAAUGUUAGAAGACGGGAAGCUCUGCUUAGUCGUAAGCGUCAAGAAUAUCGUGAAGGUGUGAAACUUGUGUUUUCAGAAAAACACACUAGAGACAUUCCAACCUGGCAUCAAAUCGAAAUAGAUAUCCCAAGAACGAAUCCACACAUCCCACUUUACCAAUUUCAGUCCGUUCAACAAAGUCUGCAAAGAAUACUGUACUUGUGGGCUAUCCGGCAUCCAGCUAGCGGUUACGUUCAAGGUAUCAAUGACUUGGUGACACCGUUUUUCCAAACUUUUUUGACCGAAUACUUACACCCGUCGCAAAAGGAUGACGUGUAUAAGGUAGAUCCUAUGGAUUAUCUGACUGCAGGACAGUUGGAAGACAUAGAGGCAGACACCUUUUGGUGUCUGGCGAAACUUUUAGAGCAAAUCACCGAUAACUAUAUCCAUGGCCAACCUGGAAUCAUGAAGCAGGUCAAGAAUUUGAGCCAAUUGGUCAAGAGGAUUGAUACCGACUUAUAUGACCAUUUCGCCAGGGAAAACGUCGAAUUUAUUCAGUUUGCGUUCAGGUGGAUGAAUUGCUUGUUGAUGCGAGAAUUCAGAAUGGACAUGGUGAUUAGAAUGUGGGACACUUAUUUGUCAGAAACGUCUUCUGAGACUUCUGCUAAUAGAAACUUUAUGAACAUGAACUCAAUCUCGGCCUCUUCCGUGCUUGCCUCUCCCUCAAGUCCCUUGGGUAAAGAGACUUCGAACUCUAGGAUUAGAAAUGAUGGUGGCACAGAGCAAGUUUCUCGACAAGCGUCAUUGAGUGAGUUUCACGUCUUUGUAUGCGCUGCAUUCUUGGUCAAAUGGAGUGAUAAGCUGGUUCACAUGGAUUUCCAGGAAAUUAUAACUUUUUUGCAGAAUCCUCCUACUCAAAACUGGAAGGAGUCUGAUAUCGAGUUGCUUUUAAGCGAGGCUUACAUUUGGCAAUCCCUUUACAAAGAUGCCACCUCUCAUUGGCGAUGA